AUGUUAAAUACAUCCAAUGGUAUUUCCUAUGCUUACAAUAUGAAUCAUUCAGAUCUUGGAAUUUUGCCGUUAAUGAUUGCACACUUUACUUGGUUACAUAUUCAUGGUUUCCCACCAGUAAUUUACUUAACAUUAAACAAAACUGUUCGGACUGACACAAAAAUUCUUCUGGGAAAAUUUUUUAGUUUAUUAAAGAAAAAUCAAAAUCAAGUUUCAAAUAUGUAUGGACCUGCCCAAAAUGGCUGAAGUAAAUGUGUUGCGUAUCAAAUGUGUACCUAAAGAGAUCUUAAAAAGCGAAUACGAAAGAAAAACAUGAAGGCGAAGGUAUAUUAUC